GGCGGUGACUUUGAAUCGCAAGCUUAGCCGUUAGAGAGGAAGUUGGUCAGGUCGGUUGCUACAGGCUGGCUAACUUGGAAAAAAGUAAACAAGUCUGUUGGCUGAAAUGAAAAUAAACACUGUAACCUUUCAACUAUGAAGGAAGACAAAGAAAACACUCGACCGAAAGAGAAAAGAGUGGAAAUAAAAUGUGAAGAUGGAGAGAAGACGGAGAAGUGUAAGGAGAAGAAGGAGGCCAUGACAAAGAUUGUGAUCAGAAGAUUACCUCCGAGUUUGACUAAAGAGGAGCUGGAGGAGCAGCUGCAACCUCUUCCAGAAGUGGACUACAUGGAGUUUUUCUCCAACGACACCAGCCUUUUCCCACAUCUCUUCGCAAGGGCUUACAUCAGUUUCAAAAAUCAGGAGGACAUCGUUCUCUUCAGGGAUCGAUUUGAUGGAUAUGUGUUCAUAGAUAACAGAGGACAGGAGUAUCCUGCCAUUGUGGAGUUCGCACCUUUCCAGAAAACCGCCAAGAAAAGAAAUAAGAAGAAGGACUCAAAAUGUGGAACAAUUGCUGAAGAUCCCGACUAUAAAAGGUUUCUUGAAUAUUACAAUGGAGAUGAAGAGAAGCUGACGUCCACACCCGAGACUCUGCUGGAGGAGAUCGAGGCAAGAUCGAAGGAACUUGAAGCCAAAAGAACAACUCCUCUUCUGGACUUCCUGAAGAAUAAGCAGAGACUGAGGGAGGAGAAGAAGGAGGAGAGAAAGAGGAGAGAGCUUGAGCGGAAGCGUCUGCGUGACGAAGAGCGCCGCAAAUGGAGGGAGGAGGAGCGGAGGAAGAGGAAGGAGGCGGAGAAGAUGAAGAGACUGGAGAAACCUUCGGAGAACAAAGACAAGGACCAUACUAAAGAGGAACCAAAAAUUAAGCUCUUGAAGAAGCCAGACAAAAGUGAUGACGGCGAUUCUGAGAAACCCAAAGAGAAGUUCAAGAAACCAGAGAAGCCGCACAGAGAGGACAGAGCGUCAGGCGGCGCUGACCACAGGAGGAGGCCAAACUUUGACAGCAAGGAGGAGCGAGAAAGAAAAGGGAACGAAGACGGGCGGAAGGAGUUCAGGGAGCGCGACUUGGACCGUGAGAAGGAGAGGGAGCGACGGCUGAGGGAGAAGGAGCGCAUCCGACGGCAGGACGAGGAGCGGCGGAGACGGCGGGAGCAGCAGGACGGAGAGAACACGUCCAGAAAACGAGAGGAGGAGAUCAGAAAGGAGAAGGCGAUGGAGAAGAGGAGGAGCGAGAACUCUGCAGACGCCGAGAAGACAGAGAAACCGGCCAGAGAGAACAGGAAGGAGGAGAGCAGUAAAAGAGAGAGAGUCCGUAAUAAGGACCGGCCCGCCAUUCAGCUGUACCAGCCGGGGACCCGGAGCCGCAACCGCACCACCGGAGGCGGCGCCGACUCCGGCUCCGCUGACAGGAAACCCGACGCCGACAACAAGAAGGCGGCCGACAGAGGGGAAGACUGAGCGGGUUUCUGGUUCUGGGGCUUUUUAAGUUUGGUGAAAAGGCCUGCGAGGCUCAGCGUGGCGCUGCAGCGUUGGCACGCAGCGCUAACACGGCGAGUGGGCUGCAGCGGCUCCAGUCCCAGUGGAGGCAGGGAUUUGAGCCUCUCAGAGCCUCAUUGAGACCCUGUUUGGGUUUUUUUUUGGUUCUGAGAGGCAACGGUUUGUAAGAGUGCAGCUGCAGGGCGCAGAGGGUAACGCCGAAGCUUCCCUGGGACCAUGAGAUCUCAAAGUGCCCUUACGUCGUUAAUGUUGUUCCUGAGGGAAAACGUUUCACCGCAAACAUCUGUUAUCUCGUUCAUUUAGAUCAGAAUGUGCAAAAAUUAUCUCUUCUGUCAGCGCUAGGCUUUAGAUCUUAACUUUCACACACUGUACCCCACUCUACGCAGAGACAGAAAAUCCACUGAUGUGCAGAAACUAUAGUGGUUCCCAGAAGUCCACACACCCAGAGAGAAAUUACAGGUUGUUAUGACAAUAUUUUUAACUUUAACGUGACAUAUUUCCUGUAUAGUGCAACAGCAGUCAUACUAAUCUAGUCUGUGCAACAUAUAAAAGCUCAAAUAACCAUUAAAGCUGCAGCAAUAACUUCUAUCAACAAUACUUUUUUUUAUGUAUUUGUUGAAACUGUCACCAUGUCGUGGU